AUGCCGUCUGCAGAGAUGCUUUUGGUGGCUUUCAAGCACCUACAAAAGGAGGCUUCCAGGGAAAUGGAGGCAAUGGCACAGCUCCCAAAGGCCAUUCAGGAUGCUAGUCUCCAUAACGUCCCGGCCAGGCUCAAGGAGCGAGAGGCUCUGCAGGACCUCGUGGACAUGGCUGGGGGGGUCCCACUCUACCUAAGGCUGAUCAAAGUUGUGAAGGGGCAGUUGGAUCGGGGCCCCUUGGAUCAUCUGGACAGCUUUGGUGGCACCUUCCUAAGUGAGAUGCAAGGGGACUCCAGAAAUCUAUGGCUCAAGUUAAGGCUGCACAUGACUUACCUCCUUAAAGCCAUAUUGGUGCUGAGUGACACCCAACAUGAGCUACUGGCCUGGUCCAUGAAAGAGGGGAUCCUGCUCCAGAAGCAGGAGCUGGUGAAGAGCAUCCUGGAGCCCAACUGCAAGUACCCUUGGAACACCCCCUCCACCCUGGACCCCAAGCUCCUCACCCCGCUGCAGGUAGAGGGGUGGGCCGUCACCUUCAGCCUGCUGGAGGAGUGCAGCCUGACGGUGGCUCCCGACAAACCCAAGGGGACCUGGGACCUGGAGGCCAAGAAGCCCUUGUUUGCCCCGUACGGUGCUACAGCAGCUGGCCGAGGCCUGAGCCCUCCCCGGGGCGCUCAGUCCAGAGAGGCCUGGCCACACCCCUGUCUGUGCUGUGCCCGCCCUUAG